AUGGUAGGAGGUGACGGGAUCUCUACGUCAACAAAAACGUCACGUCAAUCGACUCGAAAGAGCGCUAGCAACACACCGACGCACGUCAAUGAUACGGAAAAAGAGAUUACGAUUGCAAAUCAACAGCUGGUGUCGACAAUAUCAACGCUAGCGUCUCGUGUGGAAUGCGUGCUAUGUAAUGCUGAAGCUGAUUCAGCUAUUCGUCUUGUGCGGUGCAAGAAAUGUGGGAACCACUUUCAUGCACAUUGUGCAAGUCUUCCAUUACCACCAAAGGAUGGCAACCUCUUUUGUUGCCAUCUCUGCUACGCCACGUUUAGCAAACAGCAACAGUCAAAGCAUUUUGUCUUUCGCAAUGGUGAUUAUCCUCGACUUGCAACACAAAUUCAGAGCGUACUGCAAGAAAAAUCGGACCGAUUGCAAGUACAUCGAAGACUUUCGUCGCUACAAUAUGUAAGCACUGGAAUCCGCAACAUUGGACACGGACGUGGAAAAGGAAGAGGACGAGGCAGGGGACGUGGAACAGGCACGAAACGGGAGCUACAAACUGAUAGAAAGGAUGGAUUCAAUCACUGUCAUCCACCUUUGUCGUUCAAGGAUGGUGGACACGUAGAACAGAUGCCAGGAUCCACUCCGCGAAGUGCAAGUAGCAUGCCAUAUCCCCGACAGAAUCCGAUGGGAGAGCUUAAUAGUAUUGAUAAUACGCCGCACCGCGAGGAUAACGACAGGAAUUUGCUGUCGUCACCACGGACUGUGUCUCCUGCUUCCCGGCGACCAGUGAGAGGAUUUAACACAGAGCAAGAUAGACAUUUUCAAAGCGCGCCACCAAAUAUUCCUGCUUCGUCUACGCUGCAGGUCUCCCGGCCAGCUUGCAGUGAGUACGCAUCAACGUCAGCGCGUGAGCAACCAAGUGCUGAGACAGGUAGAUCACAUCAUGGACAGUACCCAAUUACUGGCCCUCGCCAAGAACCCCAAGAAGAUCUUCGCGCGCUUCAAUCACCUUCCGGGUUGAAUUCCGGGACAAUCUUUUUCGGCGGACGGUCGUCGGGGCAAAUACCGCCAGUGCCGGUGGGAACGGAUCAGAGAAUUCCUUCAGGCAUGCAGCCACCUCACCAGCAGACGCAAGACAAUGGGGUACCACUUCGACGUGUGUUUGAACAUCCCUAUCGCGGGACACGAGUUGGUUUAGUGGCACCUCCGGCUCCAUAUACUGACUCUCAAUGUGCUGUUUUGGCGCCAGGUACUACUACUAUACAUGGCCUACCGUCAAGUACGAACAGCUAUAGCUCCCAGGGGCCAUUUCCUCCACAGGUCUCGUCGCAACUUCCUAUGCGUCGCCACACACCUAACAUACCCUGGCGCAAUCCAUCGGCGUUUCCAUCGGAGAUUUAUGAGCGAUUUAGCUGCCAUUCCGAUGAUGCCAACCAUGUAUUUCGGAUCGAUCUUUCACCCGUCUUUGCUGAUAAGGCUACGAAGCUUUACCAAACCGAGAUCGACUUUUUUUUUCGUUGCUUUGAAUCGCCUGAUGUCAGCCUGGUUGUGAAAGGCAUGAGUAGUGAGCUCAACCAGUACAUCUGGGCAUGGCCAUUCAUUCUCGAAUGUUGUGGCAACGACACACACUUUGCCUUCGAUCACUUUCAGUUCAAGCAAAAUAGUGAGACAAAUAUGCCGGAGUUGGUUUACGUUGGUGAGCUGCAGUUGUCUAUGACAUCCUUCAACUCAUAUCUGGAAAAUAUUGUGACGUCCGAGAGUAUUAUUGCGCUGAAUAAUUUGGUGCUUGCGAAGCACUGCACCCAGCUCUACAACGACCUUAUUAAGGGAUUUCAAUGGGACGUGUUUGCUGGCGGUAUCCAUUGCUUGCUGCAGUAUCUUCCACAAGGUAGCUGGCACGAGAAAUUUUCGAGUCCAAGACUGCAUUUUAAUUUUCCUGGGGCGCGAGGAUCUCUGGACGAUUCCGGCAAUGACACUACUGAUACUGCGUACCAGGUGUUGGUGGGGUCAUUGGAGUUGAUCAUCUUUGAGCGAUUCGAGCCGCAAUACAAGGCCAGUUUUAAUCACAUUUUGCAACGGUCAGGAUAUGACGCCGGAAGGAAGACCAUGUUAUUAGAUGCGCAUCUUCGCGCUCUCCGCUCUGCGGGAUUUGCGUUCUCGACGGUUCUUUUACAAGAUGGAGAAUUUGUUCAUGUCAACAAGGGGCGUCAACAUUUUUGGCGUGUCGUAGAAAAAGAUAGCGAUAGUGGAUCUGUUAACGCACCAUGUGUGUUUCUCUCUUGGGAAUGGGUAUACCAGGGUGUAUCACAGCGCGGUAUCUCCACAGAAUGCUGGUUUGCCAUGAAGAAUGCAAGCAUGUGUCCGGAUGGACGUGUGUUCGAUCCUCGCCGUGCAAUUGUCGAGGCUGCCAAGUGUGGCGUAGCAAUCGUGCGAACUGGUCAAUUCUUACGAUCGGCACUGGCGUCGGGGUGUCCGCACACGUCCCAGUUGCUAUCGUUCACAGCUACACCAGCACCCAUUGAUCGCGGUGUAGUGGCGCAGCGCCAAGCCCAGAUGGUGCUCUUUUUGGAGUCAAUUCUACCGUGCCUAGAUGCCAUCGUCGAAGAAACGUAUGAGCUGGGGUUAUCAAGCAUCGAUGACAGUGACGAGUUCCGUAAGGUGUUCGAUGACGAGGUAAUAUGGCGUAGAGUGGACGCUGAAUUGCGUUACCCACCGGUCGAAGACACCGUGAAUUACUCGUGUGGUAUUUGCAGACGAGAAAUCUCUAAUUUGUAUAAACAGUGUCUGGGCUGCUCGGUGUACUCGCGUCGAUGCCGUCCCAACAUGGCGUAUCCCAUCUUUCGCAUCUGCCUGCGCUGUCAUUCGCAGCCGGAUCAGCACCAGUUCAAACCACGUGCAAUUGCUUCGUAUUACGACAAGGUGCUGAGCUCAGAAGGCCACACGGGCUUUUUACCUUCCACACGCCGCUACCAGUCAGUGCGCAGCUACUUCAAAUGUCGAUGUGUGCCAUCAUUCCGCUGCGCGUAUUGUGGUGGAUGCGAGUCGUGCAGUUGUUUGUGUCACACGCUGUUCCAGACCCGCUUUCGUUUCACUGCUCCUGCAAACCUGGAGAGACUGCGAGCGGAUGUGGACGCCGUCGUCAACUUGUGCUUUCACAAGGUUGUCGAGUCUAGUUCAGCAUACUGUCUAUGCUCUGGUUGA